CGAUUUAACACGGGGUAUUUCUCAAGAACGCGGUAUCUUGAUAUAAAAGUAUCGUGUAAUUCUGUCAUUAACGUUUUAGCAGUGAAAAUGCCUGGGACAUCAGGUAACCUAGCGGUAUGUCUGUUGAUAAUACAAGUUAUAAAGUGCCUGUCUGUACACUACUCUGAGACAAGGUAUCCAACUCCGUCCGAAGCCUUCCCAAAACAUGUCGUACUAGAUUCAGCUGGAAACUAUCAUCUGUUUUGGAAAUUCAAUUCCACUCAUAUUACAUUCGAGGCUCACGUAAAGACCCAUGGGUAUGUGGGUCUUGGACUGUCCCCUAGUGGAAAGAUGUAUCCGGCGGAUGUCGUCAUUGGAUGGGUGAGGCAUGGACAUACCUAUCUGAAGGACAGACACUCAACAGGACAUUUUGAACCACUGGUUGAUGCAUCCCAAGAUUGGACCCUUCUGCAUGGCGAGGAAAAUGAUUUUGGAACCGUCAUCAAAACAAUUCGUAAAUUGGACACCUGUGACAAAGAUGACAUGAAGAUAACCAACGACACCAUUCGGAUAAUAUAUUCAUAUAGUGACCAUGAACCUCAACAGGAGGGAGAUAGGCUAAUUUAUCACGGCCUUCACAAGGGUGCCAAAAGCGUCAUGUUACUUGCAGAAUCCAGACGAUUCGUCAUGCCUACCGAUGCAAUCAGUCGAGAUUUGCUUAAUAACAGGUACCUCGUUCCGGACACUGACACUACCUACAUGUGUAGAGUAUUUGACCUCUCCGACCUGGGAAAGAAACACCACAUGAUAAAGGCUGCGCCAGUAAUACAAAAGGGUCAUGAAGAUUUGGUACAUCACAUUUUGAUCCACAAAUGCUACGGAAUUGACAGAAAAUAUAUUGGAGUUGAUUUCUACUGCUACCAUUUUCACCACCAGCAACUCAAGGCCUGUGCGAAUAUCAUAGUUGCUUGGGCAAUAGGUGGGAAAGAUUUUCACUAUCCUGAAGAGGCAGGUCUACCAAUGGGAGAACCUGGAGAUGGAGCACUCUACAUUAUGGAGACUCAUUAUAACAAUCCGAGACUGAGAAACGGUUUAGUCGAUAACUCUGGUAUUCGACUGACAUUUACUCCCACUCUCAGGAGGUACGAUGCUGGAGUACUAAGUAUGGGGGUGAAGGUCAAUGAUCGACAAAUUGUUCCUCCAUUUGAAAAAGAGUUUGUUUCCAGUGGAUUUUGCACUGCAGAAUGUUUAAAUAAAGGACUUGACUUUUUACCCGGUGGUGUAAACAUUGUUGCUGUGCUACAGCAUGGUCAUUUAUUGGCCAGAAAAAUAAGGACAAGAAUAGUUCGCAAUGGGACAGAACUAGAACCGUUGGCGAUCGACAAUAAUUAUGAUUUUAAUUACCAAGAAUAUCGAAAUAUUCCAAAGACUAAAAAGUUAAUGUGGGGUGAUGCUGUAGCUAUUGACUGUACCUAUGAUUCUUCGCAGAAAUCUACCGUGACAUAUGGAGGAUUAGCCACUACCAAUGAGAUGUGCCUUUCAUUUCUUGUGUACUAUCCUCAAAUGGCCGUAGAAGAUUGUACGAGUAUUCCAUUGUAUGACAAUAUUAAUGUCACAGUUAGACGUGGACAUGAAAUAGCAUCCUUAUUUGACUGGACGUCCCAAACGGAUCGAUCUAGUUUUAACAAGUACCUGUCCUCCUCACGUUAUUUGGCAAGCUGCAAUGGUAGAAAAUUAAAGUCACAGCAUAGCAGUCAAGAAGUCUUGAAGUUGAUUCCAAGUGACCCAUACAUUGAACCAGUAUCUACUUGCCUAACACAUGUUGUCUCUAACACUUCCUCAAAUCCAACUACACCAAAGUCAUGUGGCUCUCCUUUACCAACGGAAAAGUUCGACUUUACGGAAGUAAUUGAUCCCGAUGGGAAAUAUAUACUAUUUUGGAAUGUGAACAAAACACACAUUAUCUUCGAGACUCAUGUGGCAACGAAAGGCUAUAUCGGAUUUGGGUUGUCACCGAACGGAAAAAUGUAUCCUUCUGACGUCAUUGUUGGAUGGGUAAAGGAUGGGAUUCCAUAUUUCAAGGACAGGCAUACAGUUGGUCACUCCCCGCCACUUGUGGACGCUUCUCAAGAUUGGCAUCUUCUUUAUGCAGGCGAGGAUGACUGUCGAACUGUGUUGAAAAUGGUCAGAAAAUUAGACACGUGCGACGAUGAAGACUACAAAAUCACAGAUGACACUGUGAAGAUAAUUUACUCCUAUCAUCCCGAUGACCCGGACGGAGAUGAUGACAUCCCUUAUCACAGGUUCAACCGCGGAGUGAAGAGUCUUCUAUUGCUGUCGAAAUUGUCCCCUCCGGCAUUGGAAAGUGACGCCAAAAACAUCGAUAUUCUGAAUAACAAUUAUCAUGUUCCUGCUGUCGACACAACAUACAGCUGCCGAAUUUUCGACUUUUCCUCUCUUCAGAAAAAACAUCAUCUAAUCAAGUUUGAGGUAUUGGUGCAGAAGGGUCAUGAAGUUCUGGUGCACCACCUGGUGGUAUAUAAAUGUCCUGGCAUUAACAGAAACCUUUUGAAUUCCCCAAAUUACGUUUGCUAUGAAGACCAAGACAAAACCAAACGUCCUUGUGGUCAUAUUGUAGCUAUCUGGGCGGUCGGUGGAGAGGCCUUUUAUUUCCCGGACGAAGCAGGACUUCCGGUGGCUGAACCUGGGGACACAGACCUGUACAUCAUGGAGACACAUUACAACAACCCAGGCCUAAGAAAUGAUUACGUGGAUGAUUCUGGUAUUCGGCUGACGGUAACGCCAACCUUACGAUUGCAUGAUGCUGGGAUACUCUUUGUUGCCGCUAGGGUGGAUCCAAGCCUUGCUGUUCCACCUAACCAAUCAGACUUUGUCACCACUGCCUUCUGUAACGAAUCCAUUUUACACCUGGGUCUACAAGAUUUUACAAAUGGUGUCCAUGUCUUCGGAGUACAGCAACACGCCCAUCUUAUCGCCAAGGCUAUAAGGACUAGAAUUAUUAGCGGAGGAGUGGAGAAGAAACCGUUAGCAGACGACAGACAUUAUGACUUUAACUAUCAGGACUUCCGCCGAGCCAACAGAACACUGAAAGAUGGCGAUAGUAUUAUAGUAGAAUGCACGUAUGACUCCAGAGGAAAAACUAAUGUAACAUAUGGAGGAUUCUCAACAAGAAAUGAAAUGUGUUUUUCGUUCAUAUUUCAUUACCCAAGAUCUAAGCUGAUCGAUUGUCAAAGCAAACCCCUCUAUAACAGAUUCCACGGGAAUAAUGAUGGUCCAAGAGGAAUCAUGGCACCCUUAACCCCAACGUUUAAUGCUUUGGACUGGACGAAUUCCACUGUGUUACAGGACUUCAGGGAUAGCGUAGCAUACGAUUCGUAUAUGGUAGUCUAUGGAACUGACCAGAAUAAGUUCAACUAUAGUAUCUUCGAUCCCCAGUCCAUAUACCCUCAGAUACCGUACACUGAACCCAACAAUAUCAACUGUGGUGUGUAGAAUAUGAACUACGUUUUCUUCACUAUGUAAUAUGAUGCUGAUGGCACAUGCAUCUUUAUUUUCUCAAGCUCAAUAAACAUCUGAUUGUC